GCCCUAUUAAUUUUCCACAUGCAUGUGUUUGUGGUUUAAAAUGAAGAUUUGUAAAGAAUUUUUUUAAGAUGAACUGAUUAAAAUAAACCGCAAAAAUCCAUUGUAAGUAUUAAUUUCAGUUAUUUUUGGCUAAGCGGGACAAUGGUUACCCGUAACAGCACCACUCCUUGCGUUUGACAGACAGUUUGUCAAAUUUAAACUAAACGGUAGCCAACUUAACUACUGGGACUCAACUGUCAACUACCACAACACUGUCCGCACAUACUUUAAUAGUUAAUAGUCGAUUUAAAAAAAUGCAAAUAUAAUUAUUAAGCAAUAAUACUGGGUGUCAACCAGUAUAGCCAGCAUGCAAACCCCCUUGAAAUUUGUGUUUUGGUUUGAUCAUCAGCAGGGUUUGGGUUCAGUUUGGUUCGAGCAUCAGCAGGGUUCAAAUUUGGUGCGUUGAGUUUGGUGUGUUCUUAUGUAUUUUAAAGAAAAGAUGCAUGUUUUUUUAAACCCUUAUUUAUAUGAAUCAUUUUUAAGGACCCUGUUUCAAAUUAUUGUGUAAUAAUAAAUUUUUCUAGGGUCAGUUAGUAUGUAAAAACAGUACAUCAUGAUGAAGCUUCCAUUUGCCAAUUUGAAAAUUAUUCUGUCAUUUACACACAAAAACUUGUUACUUUCUUUUCCUUAGAAAAUGCAGAGAAAAGAUGGCUUCUGUCUACAAAAUCGAUGACAGUUAAAUUGAUUGGUAGCAAAUAAAAACCAUGUCUUCGUCAGCCAUACGGGUCCACCCAUCAUCAUUUGGUGUUGGACCUGGAGCCACUUCACUAUCAAUGCAAUCAGCUCUGUCAGAAAAUGUCUCCCAAAGUUCAGGAAUGAAAUCAACACUUGAAAAAGCUUAUUUAACAGGUCGUCAAAGACAAAUGGGAUUAAAACAAAAACGAGAGACUAUUCAAGAUGAUGAAUAUCAAAAGGUAAUAAGAAAUCAUCACAUCAACAUAUGUUUCAUCUUGUUUCUUUGGUGAAUUAUCACUGUACUUUAUGCAUAAUAUUUUAAAUAAUUAUGAUGGUUAUAACUUAUACUACCUAACAUUAAUUGAAACUCUAAAUUUGAAAAAAUGUGAAGCAAAGUCUGGGCUAAUUAAAAUCCACAGAGUUUUUUUAUAUAUUUUCUAAAGAUUUACAUUUUCACAAACAUCAGUCAAACAAAUUUUGGGGUUGAUUUAUUUGGGGUCAAAUAUUAUUAAAGUGAAUGAUAAUAAAAUAAGUGAUAUCACUCUGAAAAAAACAUCAGUGACACUUGGGGGCUCAGAUAAGUGCUAGGUCUUUAUUAAAAAAUAAUCAAGUUUUAAUAACAAAAUUCAUGAUCUUGGUUUUUAAAUAUUGUGCAUUUGAACAAUAGGGCAUGAUCUCGAUUUUUAAAAAAUUGUGUAUUUGAACAAUAGGGCACGUUUUCAAUUAUUUACUUGCUUCGUAAGUUAAAAUAAUUUCUUGAUUAUAAAUAAAAGAUUUCAUGAUAUAAAGGUUCUUUAUGAUUUAAAAAAUCUCUUUUACAUUACAGAGGAAGGAAUUGCAAAUUGCCUUCAUAAAAGAUAAAUUUCGGCAAAAAGAGUGCAGAAUUUUUGUACCAGUUCCUGGCCAGUGUGGAGAUAAUAAACAAAUAAAAGCAAAACAUUUGAAGUAAGUAUUUUUGAAAAUUAUGUGAUUCAACUUGACUUUCAACUCCACCGAUGUAAGGUAAUUUUAAACAGCCACAAUUUCUAUAGGGAAACUUAAAAAUUAAGUCCUUUCCCAUGAUGCCUUGUCAGACAAUGGUAUCACAUUUGCCUCAUUGCCAGAAAUAGCAGGCUCAAAUUAGUCUGGAGUAGCCCCGAGAUAUGGGCUUAAUAGAAAUAUUUCUGAUGUGGGAUUAAAUAUGGGCGAACAAAGAAUAGAUGUGAAACUAAAAAGAAAGACGUUUUCUACAGACUCCCUGACAGAUAAACCCAAUAAGACCCAUUAGUAUAAUUUUCCAAGGUAAAGUUUUCUAUAGCUGUUAAACACUUAUACUAUUGCAAAGUACCCGCAGUUAUAUUAAAACUAUUAAAGUAAUUCAACUAUUUGUUUUGUUAGAUGCCACUGUGGAGAAGUUCUAAUGUUGCAUGCAGGAAUGAGGUUAAAGUCACCCAUUCAUCCGUAUGAAAAUCGGUUUCUUCUGCCACCAGGUUAGAGUUAAAUGUAUUGAUAUGAAAAAUUGUUAAUGUCAUAUAGCUUAUCCAUAAUUAUUUUAUAAAACUCCAGCACAUCCUGUUCCAAGUCUUAGUCAGGAUAAAGUAGAUUGAUAGGGUAACGUAAGCUUCACUGGUAAGCUCCCCUCCCCCCGAACUUGUCACCCCUGUCAAUGAAUGUAAUCUGAACACUGUCCAGUGAAUUAAUUAACCAUUACUCUAGGUUGGGAUGAACCUCCAGGCUGUCAAAAUUAUCUGUUAGGGUUGGGUCUGAAGAUGCAGAUAAUAACACAUAAAUAAUAAUUGAUAAAUUCAACAGAAGAGGGGAGGUCAUUCUGGGAUAUAUGAAAAUCAGGAGGGCAGAAUGGAAAUUGAAUCAAAUAAACAAAAUAUAAGAAAGAAGUCAUCUGGCAUAAAACAAUCCCCAGUAAAGAACUGAAUUGCUCAUCAAGAGAGGCAAACAUUACAAAGUAUUUUUUUUAAGUAGGCCACCAAACCACUUUGUAGGGCAGAACUGAGAUAGACAGCCCAGGGACAAAAAAAAUGAAGAUUCAUUGAAAUAUAUGGAAUGGAAAUAUGACCCUAAGUUCAGCUCCAAAAGAGUCUUGGAUAUAGUCAGAAGGCACAUCAUGAAUGAAUGAUUGAAUGAAUUACUUUAUACUUAACAUUGAUCAGGGUGAAUUAUUAACUCAUCUUUUACAAGAACAGAAAUGCAUUUUAAAUUUACCUGUUUAAAAACUGACUUAUUCCUGAAAUAUAUUAUAUCUCACCAGAGUUUUAGUAGCUUGACUGCUUGUAUUCUUUCAUCAUGUCAACAUUUAGAGUAUGACACAGCGCUCAGAAAUCUAGAAAAAAUCCUAACUGAGCCUCUGCCAACUUCAUCAAGAGAGUGGAAGGAAGCUGAAUGUUUUUAUGUCAGUCCAACAAAUGCGUUUGGAAAAAUUGAAUUUAAUGUGGAGCAGGUGGGAGGCAAAAAACCUGCAAAGGUAAAGAAUUCAAUCAGUUCCACAUUAAAUUUUGUUGAGAAAAUUUAAAACUAAUUAUUGGAAGUUAAUUCUCACAUAAACUACCAUAGGAAUAAUUUAAUGUUUAAAAACUAUUUUCAAAAUGCCCAAAACUUAUAAAAGAUGUUCAAUUUAAUUACAAAUAUCAUAAUGCUAUCAACAGUUUUUGUUCAAGAUUUUCGUUAACUCAUCACCAAUUUUAGAAUUUUGAGGUAAAAUUAUAAAAAAAAAAUAAUUUUUUUUUUAUAUUGACAUUAGGGGUACAAAUAAUUUUUGUAGAUUGAUAUUAAUUUGGUAAUUCUUUUAGCUAUUGAAACUUUUUUUUUUUUUAUCAAUACGAUUUUUAACAUUACUAAAUAUUGUUUCAGUAUAUCAGAAUCUGUGCAGAUGACAGUGAUAAUGUUGACAAUUGUCUGGAGCUGAUGAAAAACUUUUGGCAUAUGAUGAAUCCAGAACCACCUCAUCUUGUUAUCUCUGUUGUUGGUGGAGCCAAAAAUUUUAAAUUAGAUGGAAGGAUGAGGGACACCUUUACAAUAGGUUUAAUAAAAGUAAAUUACUGCUGACACUUAAACUGAAUGAAACCUCCUUGCUUUUAACAUUAACUUUAGUUUCAGAAAAAGUAUACACUAAAAUCUCUGUUGGGUUGCAAUAUUAUGUCUUUCCCUUUUAUAAUAGUGUAUUUACUUUUUAAAUUAAAUUAAUAGUAAAGCAACUAAUCCUCCAGUAUAAAAAAUUAAAAAAAAAAAAAAGCGAAAUAGAGGUUUACUUGAAUUUCAGUUAAAAUUGUUUAAAUGAAUCAUUCAUGAAAUGUAAACAAUUUUAUUCACAAUUUUCCUUUUAAGAUUCAAAUUUGCUCACAUUAUUUUCUUUCCUAACUGUAUAUAUUUAUAAAAAAUGAUUAAUACAUUUGUUAUUAAGUUGGGUAUUUGAUGUAUAUGAAAUUUUAAUUUCCACGAUUUUUAGGCCGCAAAAACAACAAAUGCUUGGCUGAUUACAUCCGGGUUUAACAUGGGAGUGAUGAAAGCUGUUGGACAGGCUGUGCACGAAGGCCAAACCUUCCAAUGGGACAAUGACAGGAUGAACCAUGUACUGAGGUGCAUUGGUAUUGCCCCAUGGGGCUAUGUUAAAGGGAGACAUGUUUUGGAGAGCUAUAAUGGACAAGUAAGUAUGGAAUAUGAGAACAUGAUAAAAGUUGUCAAACUAGUGGUUUAGGUUAAGUAGACUGACUGGAUUGUUUCUUGUUGUCUGACUUCAUUAGUUAGAUUGAUUUACUAACGGGAAUGUACAUGGUAGUUUUUUUUAAGGCUUGUCAUUUGCUAUCAUGAUCCCCAAAUUUUAUCUUUUGUUACAGGGAAAAUUCAAUGCCUUUUAUCGAACAAGCAAUCAAAUUCUUCACAAACAACCUGUACCAUUGAACCCUGAUCACACCCACUUUAUAUUUGUGGAUGAUGGUUAUAGGUACCGCUAUGGAGGAGUGGCUGACUUUCGUUCUAAAUUUGAGAGAAAAAUUGCAACAGAAAAAAGUGGUAUGUUUCUCAGUUAGUUAAAAAAAAUGUCUUAUAUAUAAUUAUCUGAAACAUCUUUGAUUUAAAAAAAAAAAUCACUUAGGAAAACUUUUAAUAUAUUUUGUAAUGUUUAAAAAUUAUUUCGUGGACUUGGUUUACGUUUUCAGAAGGGGGUCUUGGUAUACCACUAGUUCUACUGCUAGUGGAAGGCGGUACUGAUGCCAUUCAGGAUGUCAGUGUGUCUCUAGCAGAGGGUAUCCCUGUUGUAGUGUGUGCUGGCACAGGCCGUGCUGCUGACAUUCUUGCAUAUGCUUUCAAAAACACCAUCACUCAAAAGUAUGUUGUUUGCUUGGCUGUAUCUCUAAAACGUUCAGUUUAUGUUAUUAUGUUGUCUAAUUCUGUUUGUUUAAUUGUUUAAUUGCAUUGUUUACGGUUUGGACUUAAAUAUGCAUAUUUCAAGUUAAAUUCAAAAAUGGUUUCUAUAUUUUGGACACGUAAUUAAUGAUGAUGAAAUCAAAUGUAUGUAUAUUUUUUGUUUUCUCUAAAUUAUUUUCUGCUGUAGGAAAAGCUUCACAGCUAGUUAGUGAUUAAACAAUUUUUUUUUCAUGUCUUGUAGUACUACCAGAAGUAUGUCAGACUUUCAUCAAGACAAACUGGCACGUAAGAUUUAUGCAGCCUACAAGACAACUUUGAAACCUGGAAAGGAAAAAGAAGAGUUGGAAAGUCUCAAGGAAAAAGUGAUGGGAUGUUGCCAGAGAGAAGAUCUGGUAUGUUGCUACUGAGCUUCUACAGUGGAGACACUUUCAUUUUUAAAAAUUUCCAAUCUCACUUUGUGUUAAUGGUUACAAUUCAUAAUUUAAUUAAAAUAAUUGUGUAGUUUAAAAGGGAGCAAGUUUUCACUUACAGAAAACAGCAUUAGAGCAAAGAUGAAUGAAAUAUAAACAUUUUUCAAUUCAUAAAAAACAUCCCCUUAAAAGUUAAGCAAUUUUUAGUUUUACUUCAUUAUUAUAAUAAUGUUAUUUGAAUCAGUAUUAUAACUUUUAUAUUUACCGUUUUACAUUCAAUACAGUUACCGGUAGUUAUAUUAAAAUAAUAUAUAUUUAUAUAUAUUUUUUAAGGUAAUUGUUUUUAACAUGAACAAGCAUGAAGAUCUGGACCUGGCCAUUUUGAAAGUUUUGCUCAAAGGUGAGCUGUAAAAAGAAAUUAGUAAAUACAAAAAAAGAAUAGUCUCUCUUGUAAAUACAAGAAGGAAGAUUUUUCAGAAUAAAAUAACUGUUUUAAAUAAAUUUGCAGCAAUUUUCCAAACUUUUAACAAUAUAUUUGGACAGUUUCAACUGAAUUGUUACUGUCAUCAAGCACUUCAUUAAUUCUGUAAAUUUAAUUAAUACAAUAUACUUGGGUUAUAAAAAUUUUUAUAAUUUAAAUAUAUUUUUAUAUAUUAAUUUUUACACAUUUUCAUCCAACAUCCUAGUUUUCAAAUACUGUUUGUAUUUAUUUCCAUUCAUUUUAGUUAAAACCAAUUCCUCACUUGAGAACCAGCUGAAGCUUGCAUUAACUUGGAACCGUGCUGACAUUGCACAAGAAGAAAUUUUCAGGGAGGAUGUCAUAUGGAAAGAAGGUUCUCAAUCUUAAUACUAAUAAAAGUGUUAUUUUAAAAAUUGUAUAUUUUAAAAAAUGCUAAUCUAAAUAAUCUCAGUUUUAAAAAUGCAACAAACAUUUUCACUAUUAGCAAUAGAAAAAUAUAUUUUUUUAACAAGAAAUUAUUUAUUUUUAAAUAAUUUUCCCAGGAAGCCUGGAAGAAUUUUUAACUCAAGCCCUUGUUGAGAACAAAGUGGAUUUUGUCAAACUGAUGCUGAACAAUGGAAUUAUCAUGCAAGAAUACCUGACUAUACAGCGCCUGGAGCAUCUCUACAACUCAGUAAUGUCAUAUUUUGAAUGUAUAAUUUAUUCCUUGCUUAAAUCAUAGUUCACAUCACAUUAAAUUUGAAAAUUAUUAAAAAAGCUAAUGGAACAAAAAAAAUAUAAUUUUUUAAAUGUUCACAAAACUUUAAUAUUCAAGUUUUAAAUUAAAUGCUUUUGAAAGCUCUACCAUUUAUCAACUUGAAUCAUUGCUACCUCUAUGAUAAUACUCCUUUUUUUAUUAGCCGAUAACAAAAUUUGAACAAGAAGCAGGCUCAAUUUAAUCUUUAAAUAAAAUGCACAUUAAAAAAACAAAUGCAAUGAUAUCAUUGUAUAAGCCACAUCAAGUUAAAAUAGAUAAUCUUCAUUCGGAAAAAAAAUAUUUUUCUAUUUAUUUUUUUUUUUCACUUCCAGAUGCCCAAACACUGCUACUUGUAUCUCAUUUUGAAGAAUUUUGCCAAAGAAGACAAAUUCAAUGUUGAUAUAAUAGAGAAAUUCACAAGAUCACUCUUGGACCGUUUUGAUAACGACACAUUUUCAAAACCUGGAGAUCAAGAACCAAAAGGAGUGAACAAAAUUGCAUCAAGCAUGAUAGUUCCACACAUUGAAUCUGAUUCAGAAAAUAGACAGGAACCCAAUAGAUUCAAACGCCCAUAUAAGCAGCUUUUGAUUUGGGCCAUACUUAUGGACAGGUCAGUAUGGUAAUUUAUAAUCAGUCUGCAGCUUCUUUCCAUGGAGUCUGUGAGCAUAAGAUAUAGAUUAUAGAACAGCUGUAAAAUUGGCUAUGGUCCCUGUAUUAUGAGGUGCCAGGUAUUAAAUAAUGUGAUAUAAAUUAUUGUCAUCCACUACAUUUAACAGAUAAUUUUUCCUAUAUUUUUUGAAAACCUCACAAAAUUGCAACAUGAUCGAAUAGGCAUGUUAUUUAAAUUGCAAGUACAUCUAUAAAUUCCUUUUUAAUUUUUUAAUAUAUUUUUUUUAUAAAUAUAGAUUUAAUUUAGCUCAACUGUUCUGGGAACUUGGCUCAGAACCCAUCACCAGUGCACUGAUCUGUACUGUGCUGUGUCACAGAAUGGAAAUUAAAGUACCCAAGUAUUUGACAAUUGUCAGAAACAGUUUCCACGCUAUGAAAGAGUAAGUAUCUUACUUAGGGCCUGCAUACAAUGUUAGCUUUUUUCUUCGCACCCAGCAAUAAAAACAGUUCAGCGGUAUUAAAAUUUGAUUCUGAUGGCAAAAAAAUUAAAUUCUACAGCACAGUAAUUAAUAAUGUAUAUAAUAUAAUGCAGUACGGAUCAGAUUAUUUUAAAGAGCGCAGAGAUAAAAAUGCCUUCUAAAUGGAUGAAACUUGUGAUGACUUAGAGAACAUACUGACUGCUGACACCAAAAAUUCAGAAUUUAAGAUUCAAGGCUUCUCCUUCAUAAUCUUAUUGUUAGAAGUGAUUCUCUAGAAAAACCAUCAAUGAAUAAUUUCUUUUUAACAAAGUGACUUUUUCUAUUUAAAAAAAAUAAUAUAAAUCAUGUUUUUUGUCACAUCCAGAAGUUGAUAGGCUAUUAACUAUAUUAUUUAUUGGCUAUCUAUAUAUAUAAUUCGCCAGAAGAAGUAAGGCAAAUAACAAAAUGACCAAGACCACGCAGGCUAUAUAUAGAUACGCCAGAGCAAACAAGACGCAGGCAAACCAUCCCUUCCCUUGCCACCCUCGCUUGCCAGCCAGCUCGCAGCGUAUGCUAAGCCGCGGGUCGGCGUGAAAUAAAAAGUGUGCCAUGACGUAUCAUGAAAGGGGGGGAGGGAGGGGGGGGGAGCAAAAUUGGCAUUCUUAAAUGUGCGUAACUUGAGUUCACAUUUUUGUCAAGUAACUUUAGUAGAUGGGAAGUUCACUCAUUGCUGUCGCCAAUGUUUGGCGGGCUAUAUCUAUAUAUAUAUAUCCCCAACAAGCUCGUGCCGCAGGUCGCCUAGUUAACUAUAUUAUUUAUCUUUAAGACUUACAAGUAGAAAUCUUAUCAGCUUAAUGUAAAAAUGAUCGAGUAUUAAUUCUAUUUCAGAAUUAUAAUAUUCUACUUCAAAAAAAAUUGUAAUCAAAAAUGUUAAACAAAUUUUUACCCAAUGAGAUUUUUGCAGCUUAAUAAAAAUAUGCUUACUUUUUGUUUUUUAAUCUUGAACUCAGUGAGUUUGAACAACUGGCCAUUAGUGUACUGAACGAGUGUCACAAUGUUGAUCCGGACAAAUCAAUAAUGUUGAUACAACGAAAGUCACCCACAUGGGGUGGCAUGACUUGCUUGCAAAUCGCAGCAUCAGCAUCAGACCAGGUCAGUCAAUUUUUACAAUUUUCUGUGCAAGUAAUAACACUAUUUUGCAUGAAAAAUAAUUAUUCAAGAUAAAUAUUUUAAAAAUUCAAGUAAACAGCUCCUUACAAAAUUACUAACUGCAUGUUCAUACAGCUUUUUUUAAAACAUUAAUAUAAUCGGAGGAAAAAUAUACAGUUGGAUUAUCAUUAAACUCGCCUUGCCUAGACUGAAUGGAUAAUUUUGUAAUAAUGUAAACAAUAUUUUCCAAGGCCUUUGUUUCAUCGGUAGCCUGUCAAAACUCCAUCAACAACGUCUGGAAAAAUGGUAUAGAAGCCAGCUGGCCAAAGGUAACACUUUUAUAAAUUUGAGGUAUUUGACUUUCCAGGUGUACUUUUACAAUCAGUUGGAUAUAUGUUUAUAAUCAUAUAAUUGAGUAAAUGUUUCUAUAAAAUUUUUAACGCUCUGAGUUUUGCUCUGCCUACUUGAAAUGAGCUUGGUAUUUCAUUUCUACUUCUUGGCUACAUUACAUUUGUCAUAAUACUUUUCUUUUCUGACAUUUAGAUUUGAAAGAUUUUAGAUUUGAUUUAUAUUAUGUCAUUAUGUGCUUCAAAAUGUAAAUGUGCACAUUUUUUUUGACAGGUUUUUUGUGGAGCCAUCCUACCCCCUUUUAUCUUAGCCAUAGACAUAAGCUUGUUUGGACAGGAAAUUAAGUCGAAACUUCAGAAAAUAAUUACAUUCUACUCUGCACCUUUGACCAAAUUCUCCAUGUAUACUGUAAGUUUAAUAUCUUUAUUUCAGUCUUUUUUUUUAAAAAUCAUACAUUGUUGGAUUAACCUUGUUUAGAAUAAAGAAUAUUAAACUGACAACAAUAUCUGUAGGUAAUUAAUAUGACUAUAGUAUGUUCUACUCUCUUUACCUCGAUACAGUUGAACCCGCUUUUCUUGACCUUGGUUAACUCGCCAACCCUGUUAUGUCGAUGUUUUUGAAGUGGAACCGCCAAAUUCUCUCUUUGUCACAGCAUUUUCUCCUCGGUUAUGUCGAUUUCUUUUAUGUCACCGAACCCUGAUAUCUCGAGCACAAAAGGCGGCCAAAUUUGCCACUUAAUUUCGGUUAUCUUGAUCCCUAUGACCAAUCGCCAGCUUUUGAAGAAAUAGCAAACAAAAAAUAAACACCUUUUUCAUAAUUAAAAAUAAUUAUUUAUUCCUCAAAAUACAAGACUUGUGUUUUAGAAUGAACCUAGAAGUAAUUUAAAUAAAUAUGUUUCAAUUCAAGGCUUAAAAACGCGGUAGUCCACAUUAUAAAUGAUCAUAAUUAGCCAUGCGCAAAACGUUGACAUGAGCAGUGAUUCACAGUCACUUUCAUAAUGGCUAUGCCAUGGUACUAUGUCAGAGUUUCAUUCAUAAGAGUUUGCAAUGUGAAAAGGCUAUUAAAAUAUUGGUCAGGAAAAGCUUUAAUUAAAUAGUCAUGUGCCAAAGUUGAAAGUUCAAAAUAAGUAGCCCCUAAUAAUAUUUUAGUAAUAAGGGUAUGCAAUGCCUUACAUAAACUACAUUGUCAUUUCAAUCAGCAGAAUCAGGUCACAAAAUUUGAAGGCUUCAUCCAUAGUAGAAAAUACCAAACCAACUCGCACUUUAAAAAAAAAAAGCUCAAAAAGUACUAAAGUUAAAAAGCUGAUUCUGGUUUCAUUUUUUUAAUUUGAAAUUUGCUCUAAAUAACUGUAAUAUUUUUAAAAAAUUAUUAUUUAUUCUUUUUACUGAAGUACCUGCAUUUAUUAACGCACAUGAUGUACAUAAAGAAAUUUCAAACACAUGUUAAUAUACUGCCGCCCUAUUGGUUUUCGGUUAUCUUGAUCAGCGGUUAUCUUGACGCUUUUUUGGCAAACCCCGAGGCCAUUGACAUAAGCGGGUUCUACUGUACUGUUAUAUUACAAAGGUCUCAGUUAAAAAUACCCUUCACAUACAUUUUUGAACAUUAAUAUUUUAUUCUCACUACAACUAUAAAAAAACAUAAAUAUUGCAGGCGGCUUACUUGGCAUUCCUUGGUUUGUUCACCUACAUGAUCCUGGUAGAUUUUAGAGAGAAUCCAUCACCAACUGAAUGGAUCAUUUUGAUCUGGAUAAUCAGCUUUAUUAUUGGAGGUAUCCAUUCGGUACGUUUGAUCUAAUUUCUUUAUUUAACAACUUAAAAUAUUGGUAUGAAAUUUAUUUCAAUCCGUUUUUAUUGUUAGAGAGGUGCAGUCCUAUCUUAACUAGAAUUAAGAUUCCUCUCAUCUGCUAAAAAAUUGUUAUAGCAUAAUAUAAAAAAACAACAGUAUUGUUUAUAGAUGAAUGAUAUAAUAAGCUAACAUGGCAUGAGCACGGCCAAAUCCUGUAUAAGAAAUUCAACCAAAGGCUGUUCUACCUCAAAAAACUGUACAAUUUUGGCGUAAACAAGCAAGUCAUUAACUUAUUCUACAGUGCAACUAUUGGAAGCCUGCUUAAUUUCAGUAUUACCUGCUGGUGUGGGAAUUCAACGUCUGAAAUUAAACACCGCAUAAACCUACUAAUCAAGAAAGCUAGAAACAUAACACAAACUAAACAUCCUACACUUGAAGAACUAUUUGAAGAAAGAUGUUUUUGCAAAACUAAACACAUUUUGGAUGAUACAUCCCACCCUCUUCAUCCUAGAUACUUAGGAUCGGGCCGUUCGGGACAAAUUCUUUCCAUCAGGGCGAGGACUGACCGAUAUAAAAAUUCUUUUGUUCCCCAAUCUGUACGAAUUUACCGGCGUGCUUCCUCUGAAGUCACACAUCUGAAUGAGAACUAAUAAGUCCACGAUUUUGCUAAGAGAACUCACUGAAUGGCUGUUAGAAAUAAUUUAUUAUAAAUGUCUUGUGUUCAAAUUGUUUUAUUUUUGUGCUGAAAAUGUAUUAUGCAAUCAAAAAACAUUUCCAUUUAUUUGGAUCAAUAAAAGAAUCUUAUCUUAUCUUAUCUAAUCUUAAAACAAAGACGACCUCAAAACUACAAAUAACGAAAAACUAUUUACCUAUUAUUAUUAUUCCUAUUAUUGGUGGUAGUAGUAGUAGUAAUGGCAUGAUUAUUAGUAUUUUUCACUAUUUAUGUAAACAGGCAUUUUAAGCUAAAUUCUUAAAGAGAAAUGUCACUUAACAAACUUAUAUAUUCUUUUUUAACAAUAAAAAAAGAGGAUCCACAUUUAAGGGUGAGAAUAGCUCAAGUUUAAUUAUAAUUUUUUUUUUUUUUAAAACCUUUGCAGUUCAUUGUGUUUCCUUCACCGACAUUCUCUGGUAAAUGGAGGGACUUCUUUGGUGUAAUGGACAGGCUGGAUUUCCUGAACCUCCUCCUGGCCAUCAUUGCUUUUAUCUUGCGCUGGUUCCAAAUGUAUGAUGCCAAAGUGAUCUACUGCGUGAAUGCUGUCAUAUUUUAUAUCCGUGUGAUGAAACUCUACACAGCAAACAGACGACUGGGGCCCAAAAUUUACAUGAUAAAUCGCAUGGUUAGUUAUUAAGAUGAAGACAUGGUCAUUGAUAUAUUUUUAGCCUCUGCUAAUUAAUUUGUUGAUCUAGGGAUUUUGUUCAAUUAAAAAUGGAAUUGAAAUUAAUGGGUUGUACAAAAAUGUAUAAUGAUUGUAAUAUUUUAAUUAUGGCACUUACAAUUUCAUAGGGAUAUGGAUCACUUUGAAAAAUUGCACUGCAAGGGAUUUAUUUUCUAGUCCCCUUUUCUAGUUGUUUCAGGUUUGCCAAUAGCUUGAUUAAAUUUAUUUCAAAAACUUAUUUAUGACAAUAUUUGAUGGAGGUGAAGGUUUCAAAAGCUCAGAAUUACCGGCACAGAGUGACCUACCACAGAGCUUCGUUUUGCAUGAGUCCAUCGCUGAUCCCAUACAUGUUUUAAAAAUUUUGUUGUAUUGUAGAAGAUAAUACUUUUAACUAGCUCCAACCCUGUAUCCAAGUUUAAAAUGUUUCCCUCUGUUCGGCAGCUUGUUGAGCUGGCCCUGUUUGUCAUGGUGUUGAUGGUGUUCCUGCUGGCCUAUGGUGUAGCAAGUCAAGGCUUGCUGUAUAAAAACAGGAACAAAGACUGGAUCAUUCUGAAGGACAUACUGUACUUCCCUUACUGGCAGCUGUUUGGGGAGAUUUUUUUUGAUGAAUUGGAGAGUAAGUUUUUAAAAUAAAAAAAAAAGCUGAACUGUAAAUUGAGCAGCUUCUUUUGUCUUGAUAAACUAAAGCUUGUAGAAUCUAUGGAUACCCUUAGUGUCAAAGAAACAUUCUCAUGCAACAAAAUUUAAUGCAAAAGAGCUAAUCACAUGUAUUGAUGAAAUACUCAUUGCAUUUUUUUUUAAAUAUGAAGAACAGUAUAACUAUUUAAAUAAUUAAGAUUUCUAUGUGAUAUUUUUACCAGAUUCGUGCUCAAGGAGGUUGGCCUUCAUGUGUUUUUGUUAGCCCUUACCCCAUACCAUUGAAAGCAGUUAAAUUCACUUCUCGGUUCUUAGAGCCCGUUUUGUUUUUCAGUUUUUAUUAGUUGUCUCAUUUAAAUCAAUAAUUUCCAAGAUUCUUCUAUUAAAAUCUCCUUAAUUAACAUAUUUCAGCCGAUAGCGUUUGUCAAGCCUCUUUGACAGCCACAUUGAACAUAACCGGCUCAAACGAUUUGCCUGAUGAGUUGAACACAUGUCGGACUUCUCACUGGCUAGUCCCAUUGUUACUAGCCAUGUAUCUGUUGGUCGGAAAUGUCUUAUUGUUGAAUUUGCUCAUCGCUAUUUUCAGGUUAUUAGACUUUAUUUGUUCAUCUUUAUACAGCUCUAAAGAUAUGACAAUAGCUCUUGUAUAGAUAUUAAAUGGGGAUAAAUCUCUUGAUUUUAUUAAAACUUUUUUUUUCUUCUACUUUUGUAAUUCAAAAUGCUGUUUAAAAAGUUGACCAGAUACUAAUUUUCUUAUAUAAGAGGCGAUAAAUUAUUACUUUCAGUAUUUGUAUUUUAGAAGUACAACAUUUAAACUUAUAAGGAGAAACAGUAUAUUUUAAAGACAAUUUCUUUGUUUACAUUUCAGCCAUGUUUUUGACACAGUUGAAAAUAAUGCCAUUGAGAUCUGGAAGUUUCAGAUGUACUUUCUUGUGAUGGAGUUCCAAAACAGACCUUUGUUAUUCCCUCCUUUCAGUAUAUUCUCAUAUUUCCUAUAUGCUGUCAGAUACAUUUGGAGAAAAGUGUCUCAUCAGAAAAAAGUGAAAUGUAAGUCUUGAUAGAUUUGUGUUUUUAUUGGUUUAAUGACAUUUUUUAAAAUAAAAUUACAUCUUUCUCUGCUCCUUUUACUAUAACUGUUUAUAUUUUAAAAUUAUUCUUUAAAUUUUAAUAAUAAUAAAUUUUUAAAAAUCACUGAUCUGGGAAACCAUUGAUUUUUCUUAUUUUAAGGACGAAAAAAAACAUAAAUAGAUAAACAAAACGCAGAAAAAACCAGGAAUGGAUUAGGAACUUUUCAAAUGUUAGUUUCACUCUUAGUGGGAGUGUUUUGAUGGGAUCAUGAGAUUUUCAUGUGUGAGGGGAUACAAUUUAUGUUUUUAAGCACUCAUAAAGAAAUUGUGAUAAUUCAAAAUGUUACGAACUGGAAUUCUAUACCUGAUCCAUUAUUCAUCAACAAAUGAGUGAUAUAUUAUAAAUAGAUGGUAUUUUUUUUUUAAUGAAGUGGGACCUUAGCCAAAGCCCCUGUUUGAAAAAUAUUUUUGUAGCAGAAAUGUGACAGUAUCAUUUAAUCAUUCAUCAGCUGAGCAGUUUUUAAAACAUCACUUGGAGUUCUUGUCAGUCUUUGAGAAGGAGAUGAUGGCUAAUAAGUUGAGAGCUGUCAAGGCAAAUAUCUUACAGUCAAUCGACAUGAAAUUUCACAUACUACAAACAAGGUAAGCAAACUUAUGACCAGUAUUGAAAGAUGGCUGAUUUUCCCUAUAAAUUACAAAGAUUACAUAACAUUAUUCUGUUUCUUAUUUGUGUUCUCAUGUUAAAUUAACUCUUUUGCUGCUGAAAUUUUUUGUAAAAAAAAAUGUAUAUUUUUGUUAAAGAGCAAAAAGGAAUGAGGGGCUGGGUUUAUUAAAAAAUAUUAACAAUAUUAUUGUGUUGUUUAUAAGACUAAAUUUGGUAUCAAAUGAAAGAUAAUUGAAUGGACAAUAUGUUUAUAAACUUAAUUCUUCAGUUUAAAUAAAAUAAAUAACAGAAAAGAACCAUAAAAUGUGAAAACAUUAUGAGCAAAACCAUUUUUCCUCAAACUCUAUGAUGUGCCCAUACAUCAUCUUCUCUUCCAUAACUCAAAUCCUCUAAAACUACUACUAUGGGAAUCACUAAACAUAAAUCAUCUUCACUAUCAAAAGAAAUAGUAUAAAACAAUUCCAAAGCUUUUUGCGCUGUUAAUCGUCUAGUAAACUUACUCACCCAUUAGGACUUAGGGUAGCCACAGCAACAGUGGAAAAAAAUCUUAUUUAAAAAUAGCUCUUAAAAAGUGUAACCGAGAAAUAGCAAAGAAACAAACAUGAUAUUGAAACAAAGCAGAGAGAGUUGGUCCGUGCUUUUUAGAACGGCAGAUGAACGCACUGUGCUGUGAAAGAGUUAAACAUAUUUAGAAUGAACAAGAAUUUAGCAAGAAUUACUCUACCAGUCAGUAUUCCACCAAUCUAUCCAUUUGGGUAAAAUAUUUAGAGUUUAAGAAGAUUAAAUAUUUUUUAUCAAGUCUCAGAUAAAAAAUAUUAGUUUUGAUAAUCUUACACCACAACAUGGUCUAUGUUUGAUACUUUUUUACCAUACAUGAGUAAUAAUUGUAUUUUGAUUUAUAAAGUUCCUAUUGAACAUUUCUUUGAAAUUUCUGUAAUUUUUCUAACAUAUUAGAUUUUUUUUAGGAUGACUUAAUUCAAUGAUUUUUCCCUAUAGAAUGGAUGAACUGACCAGAGUUAUAGAAGAUGAGUUGAUGUCUGACCAACACAACAUCAUACCUGGAAUGGAACUCAACAAAGCACCAACAAUGGUUGAAGAGAUUGUCAAUGCAGCUGAGCAGAAUGAUCUACUUGAAGCAGUCCAAACUGUAAUUAUGAUGUAUAUAACCUUGUGAAGCAUUCUGUUACGAGAUGCAUUUUUUAAAAAAUUUUAUGAAAGGGGGUGGUAUUUUUAAACAUUGUUUGUACAAUAAAAUAUCAUGAUUUGUCUCAGCAGAUUACUGUAAUUACCGGGUACUGAGAUUAACUUUAAAAUGAGCAUAUUUCAUAACACCACCAUGUUAAUUAUUACCAUCUGCAUCCUAGGACUCAACAGAGCUGAAAAAGAAGCACAAACAUAAGCACAAGCACCGUAGGAAGAAGAGAAACGAGGACAUGCCACCCAUUAGUGAAGAGAAAAAACUCAACAUCGACGUGGCGGAUGAGGUGAAAAAAGGGCACCAUGCCAAAGAACAUCUGAUGUCUGAUGAAGAAAACCAGUCACCGCCUCAAAGACAUUCUAGUCUGAAUGUAAACCCACCCAUGCGUGAGGUGACUACCACCCCGAGAGGUGUUGCCUGGAGUGGAACUGGUGAGCCAAAAAGCCCAAGCUUCUCUCAGAGGUUAAAUUACUUUCCCAUGGAUUCUGAUGAGGAGGAAAUCCCUACCACUAUAUACUCCCCCAGAGCAACCUCCACUUUCAAUGUGAACCUGAGUCCAUCCCAUGGCACAGGCUCUGACAGCCAAUCAGACAAUGAGGAAGUGUCAAGCCAUACGAGGCGACGUCAAAAAGCUCGACUUCACCUAAAACGACACAGAACAGAUGCCUCCCAGAGGCAUAAUGUGUUCUCUAAAAUGUAGAAACGUUUAUGUUAAAAGGUUCAUUGAUUCAUAUCAAUAUUUUUUUUUUAAAAGAUCUCAUUUGCAAAAUCUUUCAAUAUGAAGAUGUAAUAUCAAGGGUAAUCUUUUAAUGUAAUUUAGUAUUUUCUAUUAAUUUUUAAAGAGUAAAAAAAUUGGACCAAAGCCUCUUCUCUGAAAAGAAGAAAAGAAAAGGCUCAAAGCAGAUAUUCAAAAUAUAUGAUUAGAUGAAUGGACCUGUUCCUGUCUCCAGCAAGAUUUUCAACAGUUCUUACUAUUGUGAGAUUUAGGAGAUUUGAAAGCCAACACUACCAGACCCCUUACAAUUUCUGUAAAAUAAAAUGGGAGACAAUUUAAUAAAGCUGAUUAUCUGAAGUCCAGUUAAGAUACUUCCCCUUUGUCAUGAGAACUACAGAAGUUUUCACAGAGAACUGGGUUUGUGUUUUAUUGGUAUAUAUAAAUAUUUUAAAAUUAAUAAUUGUUUUCAUUUAUAUAAAGCAAUGUCAAGGUAUGUGCUGCUCAAAUUUUACACUGUAAUUCUCUGUUUAUUAACUUGGAAACCACAAUUAUAUAAUUUUACAUGUGUAUUUUCUGCUGCUUUUGUUUAAAUAAUUUUUUUUUUCACACACUUUGAAUAUUGUGGUUGGGUUAUAUGGUUAGACCACUGGUCAUCAUGAAAUUGGUAACCACAUAUUUUCUUUGAAGUUCUUCACCCGCCCCCAAAGUUUUAUGGUGACUUAUAGCUAAAAAAUGUUACCUUGUUGUGUUCAACAAUGAUAACUGCAUUGCCAAUUUGUUUGGAAGCCAUAGACAUACAAUUUUAAUCCCACUCUAUGUUGGCAGUUGUCUGCAGUAGCUGAGUCUUUCAUUAACAUUUUCUUUUCCCAAGAAUAGGUGUCUUACUGGUCUAAUAAGUCCAUUCCACCUGGGUAAGUUUUUUUUUUUCUCUUUAAGGCAUUUGCUUUUAACAAUAUGGCCCACAUGUAAAUAUGAGGAAGACUAAUUACACAAAGCUGAGCUAACUCCCUGGAUGUUCCUAAAAAAACAUUUUACACAGAGUUGCCAAGUUUCAAAAUAUCUUAGAACAGCUAUAAGUCUAAUGUGAUACAUGUGUAAGCUAUAUUUUGAUUUAGGC